AUGGCCCAAGCAGCGACCAAGAAAACUGUGCUCUAUUGCGGCGUGUGCACCCUGCCGCCAGAGUACUGCGAGUUCUCGGCCUCGCGCAAGGCGUGUGAGCAGUGGCUCGGCGAAACGCACCCCGAAGAGUACAUGCGGCUGUACAGUGACGAGGCACUGACGGACAAGAUGGCGAUGACGACGCUGAGCGAUGACAAGGUUGCCAAGGAGGCGGCCAAGAUGGAAAAGGCCAUAACGAAGGAGGAGGCGCGCAUGGCGCGGGAUCUGGUGAAGAAGAAUUCGUCCAGGGUCGUGAUCAAGCGCGUCGAGCGCAACAAGCGCAAGUGCGUGACCAGCAUCUUCGGGCUCGACGUCUUUGGCGUUGACCUCAAGAAAACCGCAAAGAUGUUUGCCAACCACUUUGCGUGCGGUGGAUCCGUGGCCAAGAACCCACAGGGCCUGGACGAGAUACUGGUUCAGGGCGACUUUUCAGAGAAGAUAUUGCAGCUGAUCCUCAAGGACCACCCAGAGGUUCCAGAAGCGAACAUUGAUCUGACUGAGGAGAAGAAGCCCAAGAAAAUGGCGCCAUAG